UGAGGAUCGAGAUUGAGAAGCUUCAGUGGCUGCACCAACAGGAGCUCUCGGAAAUGAAGCAUAACCUGGAGCUGACCAUGGCUGAGAUGCGGCAGAGCCUGGAGCAGGAGCGGGACCGGCUCAUCGCCGAGGUGAAGAAGCAGCUGGAGCUGGAGAAGCAGCAGGCGGUGGAUGAGACCAAGAAGAAGCAGUGGUGCGCCAACUGCAAGAAGGAGGCCAUCUUCUACUGCUGCUGGAACACCAGCUACUGCGACUACCCGUGCCAGCAGGCGCACUGGCCCGAGCACAUGAAGUCCUGCACCCAGUCAGGUAGCCCGGGGCCGCCAGGGACGGCGGCGGCGGGCGGGCGGGCGGGCGGCACUGGGCACCAGGCAG